AUGUCAAACCCACAGAAUCUACAGCCAGCUCAGGCACUGGCUCACAUGUUGGCCGACAUGGCAGACUUGCAGCAGCAGCAGGCAGUACUGCACCAGCGGCAGACGCAGAUGCUACUAAACCUUUUGCCUCAGUCUGGGGCCGCUGCGAAUCCGCUCCACCUGGAACUCUCUCCAGAAGACCAUCGUCGCCGCUUCCGUGGUUGCCGCAUGGGACCACAAGAAGGGCCUUCGGCUUUUGCCCAGCAGCUCCUGUACGACGCGGGGAGGUGGCUGCAUCCUGGCCCGACACAAGGGGAGGUGCAGCUGCUGGAGGCUGUCGUUCUGGAGCAGUUUGUGGAGGGGCUCCCAAGGGAAAUGGCGGACUGGGUCAAGUGUCGCAAGCCACCCAAUCUGGAGGCGGCAGUGAGGCUGGCUGAAGAACACCUGGCGGCGCAGACGGAAAACCCCAGAAGAUCGCAGCCAGGGGAGGUCCUGGCAGCGACAGGCGCUGUACCUGGCUCAUUGGUGGCUGCACAGACACAGGGACAGGUGCGUGAGCAGUGUGGGGACCUGGGACAUUUUCAACAGGAAUGCCAGGAGGACGCCAUGGAGGUGCAGCAGGUGUACAAUGUUACUGGGAUGUCUACACCCAACUUUGGUCGAGGAGGGCUGUACAGCGUUCUGGAUUUGCCAUCCAUAAGUGAAAAAGGAAAAAGAAAGUCAGAACUUGAGUUCGACGAAUGUCAACCAUCUCCUAAACGACAAGACAACUGUGCAGCAGGAUCACAGUCAGAAACAAAAAUACUGUCUGAUGUCAAAGACAUAAUGAGACGUGUCAGUGAAAGACUACAUGGCCGUGACAAGCUCAGCGCUUUCCUAAAGGAUCAAAUCAAAGAUUUGGAGACAGAAAGGAGACACCUGGUUGGUGUCUUUGGUAAAACUGGGGCUGGAAAGAGCGCUUUAAUCAAUGCCAUCAUAAAUAAGGAGGGCCUGUUGCCUUCUGCAAGUGUCAGUGCAUGUACCUCAGUAAUGAUAAAGGUGGAGGCUACCAAUGGAUCAAAGUAUGAGGCACACAUCGAGUUCAUUACAAAAAAGGAUUGGGAAAAUGAGGUGCAGUCCCUAAAACUGGCUCUUGAAGAAGAUGAUGAUGAUGAUGAUGGUGGUAAUGGUGAUUGUCUUGACCCUGAUGGAAAGUUAUCAGCGCUGUAUGGAGAAGAGUGGAAAGAAAAAUCAACUCACAGCCUCAUGGACAACAAAUAUUUCAGAGAUAUUCCAGAGUUUCAAAUGUCCAAGAUAAAAAUUUUGGAAAGUGACUCAGCUGAAGGAUUGUCUGAAAAAUUUGUGAGAUAUACAAGAAGUGAGUCAAAUGAGACAGAAGAAGUAAAGAGGUGGUACUGGCCACUUGUGAAGUGUGUGACUGUCAAAGUGCCAGACAAUGAUUUUCUUGAUCAUGUCACACUCAUGGACCUUCCUGGAAACGGUGACUCUAACAGAAGCAGAGAUCAAAUGUGGAAAGAGUUUAUUGCCAGUUGUUCUACAGUGUGGAUUGUGACUGAAAUGACUCGAGCAGCAUCAGAAAGCGAAGCCUGGGACAUCCUGGAAGGUGCCAGCAGCCUGCUGGGAAAUGGUGGCGAGUGUCAGCAAAUUCAUUUUAUCUGCACCAAGUCAGAUCAUGAAAAACCAGAUGAUAUAAACAAAGUCAAGAAAGCAGUGAUGAAUGCAUUCAAAAAGCGGGAAACGAUUACGAAUCACUUCAGUGAGGAUAGUUUCCAAGUCUUCACAGUGAGCUCCAAAGAGUUCCUCAAAGGGGAGAAUGUAAAUCCAGAUGUCAAUGAAAUACUGAAACUCAAGGAAAUUUUGAAAAAUCUAAAUGACGCUUGUUCAGAGACUUCAAACUAUGUGUCUGGAGCUCAUGGGAUUCUGUCUUUGAUUCAAGGAGCCAGAAGCAGAGAAGUGGUUGAACAAAAAAACGAUGUGUGUGCAGUCCUUGAGGGAAACUUGAGCAUCCAACUUAAUCGAGUCAAAAAAGCAAUUGAAGACAUUACAAAAGCUUUUGAACAACACCUACGGGACGGAGUUGAAAGAUCCCAAAAUUUGUGUGAAAGAAAACUGAGGUCCUUCUUAUACCCCAGUAAAAAAAACAACAAGGGUUUUCACGGGACACUAAAGUCUGCAGUUAAGAAUGUUGGCAUCCAGAAACCAAAAAAAGGGAAGCGAAAAGACCUCAACAUGAUAUUAGCGUCUUGUUUGACUGAAAGCAUUGAUGAAAAAUUCAGAAAGACCUUCCCAAACGACCUAAAAUGUGGAAAUUUCAAUGGGGCCAUUGAUGCGUUUUCACUCAGCACUGAUUCACUGAUUGAAAAGUACAAAAAUGUCGAACUGCAACUGACAUUUCUCCAGACCGAGGAAAACAAAAUGAAGACAAAGCUCAACAAAAUCAUCCUCACACAAAAGAAAUUGAUCUACAACAGUCUGACAGAGACAAUCAGGAGUAACAUGAAAGGAUGCUACAAAGAAGCAGCAGCAUUUGAAGGACCAGGCACCCAGAAGAGGAUGAGGGACACUAUUGAGAGACAUGUGGAGUCAAAGAUGGACAUGUUUGAAAAGGCAAAAAAUGCCAUGUUGGAGCAGUUGAACGAUUUGAAGGAAACUGUCCUGAGGACACUGGAGGAAACCAUGGAGGAGUCCAUUGAACACUCACUCAAGACUGAGGCCUGCUCACUGCCAGAUGUUUUGGAAGAUCUUGAGAUGGUGAAGAAACACUGUGAUGAACUUAAUGGCGAUCAAGAUGAAAAAAAAAACAGCUGAGGCCUGAUAACCCACAGGACAUCCCUGAGGAAACACUGAUUAGAGACACGAGGUCUUUACAUAUUAUCACAGUAAUAUUUGUUUUGCUCUCUUUUAAUGUUGUGUUUAUGUGUACUUUUGACUUUUUAAUGAAUUUUAUACAAAAAGCAUCUUGAAUAUUAUAGAUAUCAAUUAAAACUGCUAAUAUUAAGGUGUUAAUCACGAGUGUCUAAAUCAUGUUUUGAUUUCUUUCUUUUUAAAAAUUUGUUGUAGUUUUUAAUCCCUUAUAGCAGAGCGUGAAGACAUGUAAUGCAUUCUCCAUUCAAACCUGAGAUUUAUGGUUUUAAUUGUAAGAGUCUGAGAUUACAAUUUCCAAAAGCAUUUUGAUUUUUUUGCUUGUUUUAAAUAUCAUAAUUUAAUGUUUUAAGUUGACGUGUAUACUGUUGGUUCAUUGGGACGGGAACAUUUAUUUUAAUGUAAGUGCUUAUCAGUUAAACAUUGAGCCUCAUCCAGCACUGAAAAGGUACCAAUUUUACAUCACAGUUCUAAUGACAAAUACUUGUUUGUUGCAGUUAUACAAUAUGUGUACAUGACAAAUAGUGAGAAAUGGCUCUAAGUAAAGCUGCAGGAAAUCAUCAGCUACUUCUGUCAUCUCCCUGCCAUUUUGCUUUUUCUGGGUUUGGAAUUAUUGGUGAAUAUAUUACAGUUUGAGUUUAGGUUCAGGUUGUUUCUUUGUUAUUUUUUGUUACGUUAAAUGUUUA